AGCAGUUCAGUUGUAGCAGUGUGGUUGGUGUCACCGCCAGUCCACCAGCGCAACAAGCCUGUCCACCGUGCGACUAACACGGUCUAUGUACACAGAAAAUGCUCGGAAAGUGACUCCAGAGGACGGCACGACUGUCCGGACAUUGGCACUGGAUUCUGUGGAGCUUUUCUGACCGACAAACCGGUCUCUCCUGCGCCGUAUCCGCAGCAUUAGGCCUCAUGGAGCUGGGGACUCGACGCCUGCUGUGCACCAGGGAGCUUGAUCCAUGCCCGGUUCCCAGAAAACAACCAUAAAGGGUGGGAACCUUAAUUACCCUUCAGUUACCCUUUUUCCCACCCCUCCCCCUAAAUUGCCCCUGUGGUGAUAUCGUCCUCUCCCACCUGUGGCCUGCAACAUGAUUGGCAAGCUGAAACAGAACUUGCUGGUGGCCUGUCUGGUUAUCAGCUCGGUCACUGUCUUCUACCUGGGCCGCCAUGCCAUGGAGUGCCACCAUCGCAUUGAGGAGCGCAGCCAGCCGGGUGGGAUCCUGCCUCUGUCAGCACUGGGAGGUAGCAUGCGGACCACCUUACGGACAGGCCAGAAUCUCAGCACCCCUUUUGUUUACAACAAAGACAUGCCACUCAUCUUCAUUGGUGGAGUGCCCCGCAGUGGGACCACGCUAAUGCGAGCAAUGCUGGACGCCCACCCUGAGGUGCGCUGUGGUGAAGAAACCCGUGUCAUCCCACGAAUUCUGGCCAUGAAGCAGAUGUGGAGCCGCUCAGGCCGGGAGAAGAUGCGCCUGGACGAGGCCGGUGUGACAGAUGAGGUGCUGGACGCCGCCAUGCAGGCCUUCCUGCUGGAAAUCAUCGUCAAACAUGGAGAACCCGCCAACUUCCUCUGCAACAAGGACCCUUUUGCGCUAAAGUCGCUGUCAUACCUGGCCAAGAUCUUUCCCCGUGCCAAGUUUGUACUCAUGAUUCGUGAUGGACGGGCUUCAGUCCACUCCAUGAUCUCACGGAAGGUGACUAUUGCCGGCUUUGACCUGGGCAGCUAUCGUGACUGCCUGACCAAGUGGAAUCGGGCCAUAGAGACCAUGUACACUCAGUGCCUGGAGGCAUCAGACAAAUGCCUACCUGUGCACUACGAACAGUUGGUCCUCCAUCCUGAGAAAUGGAUGAGGACACUGCUGAAAUUUCUUGACAUUCCUUGGAAUGUUGCUGUCCUCCACCAUGAGGAGCUCAUUGGGAAAGCUGGAGGAGUGUCCCUCUCCAAAGUGGAGAGAUCAACAGACCAGGUCAUCAAGCCUGUCAAUGUGGAGGCCUUGUCCAAGUGGGUGGGGAAGAUCCCAGCUGACGUGGUGAGGGACAUGGCCGUCAUCGCCCCCAUGCUGUCAAGACUGGGCUACGACCCCCACGCCAACCCUCCCAACUAUGGCCGACCCGACCCCAAAGUCCUGGACAAUACCAGAAGG